GGGUUCACCUCGGUGGUCCCUAACGCUGCUUCCCCCCCCUCAGGUGGGGGCCGUUCUGGAGGAAUUGGGCCCUUCCCUGGGGCAGCCCCUGGCCCGGGGUCACCACGGGGUCGCAGUGGCUUUAAUGGGCGCCUGCCUGCAAUAUAAAGAGCUCCAGCAGGGGGCGCUGCGUUGCCUCUUUCAGGCGUUCAAUUGCUGGGAGCCCCCCCAGCGGCGCCGCUGCUGCGUGGGGGCUUUGUUGGCCCUGCAGCCCCUGGAAGGGGAGGAGCCACAGCCCACCCUCGGCGCCGUCACUCCUUCCGGUUCCCAUCUCCUCCAGCUCCUCCUUCACUUCCGGGACCCCUCUGCACUUCUGGGGGGGCUUCGGGCGCUUUCUGACACCCACCUGCACUCAUUGGCUCUCAGCCCCCCCGGCAGCCAUGUUUGGGACUCCAUUAUGAGCAGCCCCUCCGUGCCCCCCCGCGCCCGGCGCCGCCUCGUCCGUAGGUUGAAGGGCCACUUCCUGUCCCUGGCCUGUCACCGCAAUGGCAGCCGCGUCCUGGACGCCAUCUUGGCUUCCUGUUCCUCCCCCACACGAGCCUCCAUCGCCUCCGAGCUGGCCCCCCAGCGCCGGGCGCUGCUCAGGGAUCCCCACGGGCGCCAUGUUGAGCAUCGCCUCCACCUGGAGCUGUUCCUGCGCAGCCGCAGCCAAUGGGAGCAGCUGUGGGCAGCGCCCCGGGGGAUGCUGGGAACGCUGCUGGAGGACUGAGGGCCACAGAGAGGAGCGGUGAGGGGAUAGAGCUUCUGGAGCAGUGCCUUUGAUUGAUUGGAGACCAUAGAGACCAAAGAACUAUUUAUUUUUUUGUUGCUGUGGUUUUCUGUUGGAGAACCGUCACCAUGAUCGUAGAGAUUGUGGAGUUUUUUCUGUUCUCUGGUUGGUUCCUGGAGGACUGACCUGACCACAGAGCUGCCGGAGGCCUUGUGGUGUCUAUGGCAUGGAGGACUUGUGACCAUAGAGACGGUGGAGGACUUACCAUAGGGAUGGUGGAGGACUUGAUACCAUAGAGAUGGAAGACUUGCAACCAUAGAGAUGUGGAGGACCUUUGGCCAUAGAGACAGUGGAGGACUUGCGAGCGUAGAAACGGUGGAGGCCUCGCAGUCUUUAUGAUCAGCUGGAGCUGAUUUGUGACCAUAGAGAUGUAGGAGGACUGAGCAGGAUUGAAUUCUGGAGUGUCUCCUCUGCGUGUGCUGCGCUGUUCCUUACCAACCAUAGAGCUGAAGAAGGCCUGAGAGUUUUAUUUUUGUAAUUACGCGUUUUCUUUAAUAAAAUAAACCGUUUUUGGGUU